AAGGUAUACUGCAGAAACAUCUGUCAUUUCAACUUUUAUAACCUUCAGUUAAUUCAUGUUUAAAUAUGUUUUACUAUUGUUUUCUUCAAAUGUCUAGCAAGUGCACAGCUUAAAGGAACACACUUUUUGUAAAUAAGAUCAGUUUCCAACUCCCCUAGAGUUACAACCGAGCUUUACCGCCGGUAGCGCUUUUAGCCGUAGCUUAGCAUAGAUCAUUGAAUCCGAUUAGACCGUUAGCAUCUCGCUCAAAAAUGAACAAAGAGUGUCGUUAUUUAUCCUAUUUAAACCUUGAACUAUUGAACACCGUGUACUAAGACCGACAGAAAAAUGAAAAGUUUAUGGCUAAGAUCUAUACUCUGAUUUAGGCGUGAUAAUCACGGAACUGUCGUACUGUGGGAGCAGCUGGCGCAGUAUCUCGCAGCUCCUGAAAAUAGUCCCCAUCUGGGUAACUACCAUCGUUGGUGUAGCUGAAGAGUUGCAAAUUGGUUAGCGGCAGGAUUUCCCUGUGUGCGAUUAACCAUGGUGAUGUGCGUUGUGAAGGGCUGUGACAGCAAGUCGAAGGUGUACUCUACCGUCAUGUUUCAUAGAAUUCCCACGAAAAGAAAGAAACGAAUGAAUCAGUGGCUAGCUGUUCUGAACAUAGAUCUCAAAACACCGGUACAGUCAAUAAAGAAAUGGCGUGUUUGCUCGGAGCAUUUUGGACCAGAUGACUAUUUUGAAAAAAUGGACAGUGUUUCCUGUACCACGGUUCGGCGUCUAAAGGAGACGGCCAUCCCAACAAUCUCCAGAGUAAAGACAGAACCAAGUGGAUCAUCGCCCGUGACUCCCUCCCGGAUGUCAGAGAGUCACGUUUGUGGAAGUUUUGUGUCGUCGCGGGUUUGUUCGUCGAGGAUGGCAGUGCAAACAGAGAGAGGAAUCCCGCUCAGUGCGUUAAAUCCAAAGUUCCUUCACACCAACUCCACCAGCCACACCUGGCCCUUCAGUGCUAUUGCAGAGCUGAUAGACAAUGCUUAUGACCCAGAUGUAAGUGCCAAAACGUUUUGGAUUGAUAGGACAUUAAUCAGAGGUCAAGACUGUCUAAUUUUCAUGGAUAAUGGAGCAGGAAUGAAUUAUGAUAAGAUGUACAAAAUGCUCAGUUUUGGCUUCAGUGACAAGGAGGCUAUAAAUGGCCAUGUCCCUGUGGGCCUUUACGGCAAUGGAUUCAAGUCUGGUUCUAUGCGCUUAGGAAAGGAUGCCCUUGUUUUUUCCAAGAAUGGAAAGUCCAUGUGUGUGGGCCUUCUGUCCCAGACGUAUCUUCAGGAGAUACAUGCAGAGAAUGUCGUUGUACCCAUUGUCUCAUUCGAACGCAUUCGACACUCAUUCCGACCUGACUCACAACAUGAAAAAAGUCUUCAAGAUAUCCUGCGCUACUCUCUGUUCCAUACAGAGGCGGAUCUUCUCUGUGAACUCAAUGCCAUCAACGCACACUUUGACUCCGAGACCAAUGGAACACGAAUCAUCAUCUGGAACCUCCGCAAAACAUCCACAGGUAAAUCGGAGUUUGACUUCGACACAGACCGCUAUGACAUCCAGAUUCCAUCUGAAGUAUUUGAGAGUGAAAAGGAGAAAUACAAGCAACCGUUUCACUCAUUUCAGUCAAGUCCAGAGAGCGACUUCUCUCUUCGGGCAUACUGUAGUAUCUUAUACUUGAAGCCCAGAAUGCAGAUUAUACUUCGUGGACAGAAAGUGAAAACCCAGCUGAUCUCCAAAAGCCUGGCAAACAUUGUCAAGGAUAAAUACAAACCCAAUUUUCUAAAUAGAGAAAACGUUCCCAUCAUAUUUGGCUACAACACCAAGAGCAAAGAUUAUUAUGGUGUCAUGAUGUACCACAAAAACAGGCUUAUCAAAGCCUAUGAACGUGUUGGAUGUCAAACCAAGGCAAAUGAAAAAGGAGUUGGAGUCAUUGCAGUGAUUGAGUGUAACUUCCUUAAGCCAACACACAACAAACAGGACUUUGACUACACAGACGAGUACAGGAAAACCAUGAACAUUUUGGGAGUGAAACUGGAAGAGUAUUGGAAAGCAAUCUGCCAUAAGAAGGGAUUAAACACUACAGUACCUAUGGAGGAUAUCCCGAAGCGUCCUGAUCAGAACUGGGUUCAGUGUGAUGAAUGUAUGAAAUGGAGGAAACUUCCAGAUGGCAUUGACAUGAAUAAGCUCCCAGAAAAAUGGUUCUGUCGAUUUAAUCCAGACCCCCAGUUCAGGCGAUGUGAAGAUCCAGAAGAAGCUGAAGAUUCUGAAGAUGAAAAUUCAGACUGCCUGAAAGAAUACAAACAGCAUGAGAAAAACCUCAAAAAACAGCAGGAAGAGCAAAGAAAUCAGUUGCUCCUUCAACAUAAUGAGGAUCUGAAAAGGAAAGUUGACCGUGUGCGUCAACUGUACCAAAAAGACCCUUCCUCAUCCAGAUCAUCUACAGUUUCUUUGACAGAAAUGAGCCCUUUCAACUCAGUGACCCUUUCACAGUCUGCUUCUAGCCCCUCAGACAGAAUGCCUGUCAUUUCAAAUGUCAUGUCCCUUUCCACUUCUAAAAGAAAAAAUAGAAGUCUUGGUUUAUCCCAGAGCCAAACUGUAAAAAGAGCGAGAUCAUUAUUUCACUGCUGUAACGGCACACCAGACAGCCCAUCAACAUCCGCAGCUACAUCCGAUGUCAUAACCUCAGCUUUGGAGAGAGCAGACAAAGUUGCUGAAAACAAUGUAGAGAGCAGCAAAAUCGAUGAUGUUGUUAUCGAUGAGACCCACAGCACACCAAGACCCAAACCCUUUGACCUUUCUAAUGUGAAGAUGGAAGAAAAGAACAGUGAAGAUGCACUAGGAUUAUAUAUGGAGUGCACUGAGCGAACUUCCGUGGAAACUGAAAACACUAGUAAGGAAAGAAUGGAGCCAUCGACUUCCAGCGGCCAAACAAGUAUAACAACCCAAACAGAGCAUUUUAUUGUGAAGACAGAGAAAGAUGAGCAGACAAGAAUGGAAGAAGGUGAGAUCAAGAAGGAAGAGAUUGAGAAUGAUGUGUCAAGGAUGGAACAAAGUGCUACUAAGCUGAAAAGCACUAAUGAUACUGAAACCGAAGGCCCCAAUGACAUAGAGAGAUGUAGUAGCACAGAUAUUUACAAACCAAAUUUUGACAAAGAAAAGGAGAUACUGAAAAAAAUCAGUUUUGAACAACAUGCAAAGUCAGAUGGAGAAAUAGAUCUUAUGCCAACACAUGAAGCACAGAAGCAACAGGAUAACCUGCUAGAUCUCCUAGAGGCCACAGCCCAGGAGAGAGAUGAACUCAGAAAGCAAGCUCAGGAACUCAGGAAUCUCACUAUAAAGAAGGACUGCAGCCAUGAGAGCAUCCAGACAGAUCCAUCAGGGGAACAGCGAUAUGAGACUCUCUACUUGAAGGCCACCCAGUCCAUCAACAAGCUUACACAAGAGAGGGAUGAGCUUAAAAGACAACAUGAGGUGUUGGUGCAAUUCAAAGCUGAAAAAGAGGCACAGGAUGAGACUAAGAAGGAAAAAUCAUCACCGAGCGUUCGUGAAAAUGAAGAUGAUGAAAUGGCUCUUCAGUUGGACUCUCUUCUAAGAGAGCUGGACAGUCGCAACACAGAAUGCAACGAACUAAGAAUUAAGUUGGAGAGCUUGGAGCAGGAGAAAGCUCACAGCGAACAGUUGCAGAAGGAAGUAGAAGAGCUGAGGAAACAAAAAGAGGAGUGGAUCAAGACGAGAGCGCAAGAGACCUUGAAGGGAGAGAACACAGUGACAUCGGCCAAGUUGAGAGAGCUGCGGUUCAGCAUCGGCCGUUUAUUGGUCACUUUUGUUCCUGCCUUGGACCUCGAUCAAGUGAAUUAUGACUGUGAGGUCAUAGAUGAGAUUUUAAACCAGGUCUUGCAGGAGAUUUCCACCUCUUAGAUCAACUUUACUUAAAGCCAGUUGCCAAAGAGUUCAGUCUAGGGUUGUUGUUUUGAGCAUGGCAACAAAAUGUUCAAAUUUUAUUCGACUCUAAAACUUGCCAUUCUUAUUGCAAGUUUUUUUUAUACACAUUUUAACACAUUUUCGUUCUUUUAGUUACUGGAUAAAAAAAUAAGUUAAUUCAAGAGUAAUAUUUCAUGAAAGAUUUUAUGAUUUUAUAGCUUGCAAAUAUUCUUUUUUUUAAUACACCGUAAUUCUUUUAAUUGUGAGUGGAUAAUAACUGUUUUAAAUGCUACUCAAUUUGUGUACAGAAGCUUCUGUGUAUAAUAUUGUACAUAAUGCUGUUUUUGAAAAACAAAGUUAAUUGCUAAAUAAAUUUUAUAUUUGUUUAAA